GAUCGACACAACGACGUCGGUCGUAUUUUCUAUUUUGUCAAAACGGAUAGGUUAGGCCUGCGAUACUCUCAUCGUAAGUCUAAGAAAUGGCGGUGAAGUUAUCAGAGUUUGCCAACAUUCGCUUUAUGGCGAUCCUGAUCUUCUUAACAGACGUAGUCGUCCUUGCUGUCGUGCUCGGGAUCUUGUGGAACAUGGCGGGCGUGAAGGAAGAGACGUGUGCAAAGCUCUGCCUACCUUGCGCUGACAACGAGAUGAAAACAUGCUGCGAAUGCCACGUUCCUACUCUCAAGAGAUUUUUGACUGAGACAUUUAAUGACACACUUUAUGCUGAAAAGCAAAGAAAACCAGAAUCUCAAGUGCAAGAUCUCUCUAAAUACAUGGAUGUCAGUUGGAACUUGAAGCCUACAGCACACAUCACUGGCUCCAAAGUCGAAACAGCAGAUGCAAGCAAUAACCAAGAUCCACUACGCUCCCUGAGAAACUGGCAAAAAGAUGGCAACAACUGCCUGAUGCAGAACGGCAUGGAGUUUCGCAAUGGUCGCUUGGUGGUCCCCGUGAAGGGUUUCUACCACCUGUACGGGUUUCUGGACCUCUACCAGUCCUAUGGCAACGAAGCCAUGGCCCCAGGGAUGCCAGAUUCCAUCACCAUGAGGUUUUACAAGUCCAACAUUCUGAAGCCUGAUGAGGAGGCCCUGAUCGAGACCUUCCGCCCCUAUGAGAGGUCAGCCAACAAGCGUUUCAUGAUCUACCAGUCCUUCCUUGGCGCCGAUGUGGAACUUGAUGCCGGAGACGAGGUUUACCUGAAGGUAUCGAACCUAACCUACAUCAAGAACCCGUCAAGAAAUGUGUUUGGUCUCCACAUGUUAUGAGCUUCAUCACGAUCGCCACUGGUUAAAGAUUAAAAAUUAGAUCAGAUUGCACCCCCUUACCAUUAUCUGAUCUACAAAAGCGGGCUGUCCAAGAAUACGUAGCAAGGUAGUGGUUUUACUGAGAGGCAAUGUAGAGUGGUCAACCAGGUGGUACAUGUAUCUCUGCAGAUAGAGGUCGCUGCUUAGACAGAUUUGACCAUAUCUGUCAUAGAACGGUUCUUUGGAUUUGACCAGUAAUGGACUAUGAAGAAUUGAAACAGAAAGAACAUUUUCUGAUGAUAUGCUCGUCUUAUCAUUUGUGCUAGGAUCAAAUAUAAACGUACCAUUUCGCAUCUAUAUCAAAUGUUCUCAAAUUC